UUGAAAAGAAAAACGAUAGAAAUGCAGUAAAAACCAAAAUUGCAUGAAAGCUAGUCUAUAAAACUGUUUUUAAAAAAGCGAUUGGAAAGAAGUCACUGACGUCGAGGUCAAUAGGCAAUUCGUUCCAAAGCCUAGGGGCCCCGAUGGUGUUGGCUUCUCAGAUGUGAAUAUAAUUACCCUUUUGAAUUAUAAUCAUAUCAUUUAGUUAAGUAAAAUAUAUUUAUUACUGGCUAACAAAUCAUCUUUCCUGUUGACCAGUUUGUGGAAAAUCACCACUUCACCUCUAAUUGCAAAAACAUUUGAGUGAUUUGAGAGAUUUCUCAGAUUAGUUAUUUGACCAAACUCCAUUCAUCACAGAACUUCACAGACAUGGAUGUUAACACUGAUCUGAAACAUGUUCUGUAUCACCCCUCUGUCCUUAUAAAGUAUAAAUACAGUAGAAAAUACUUAAAGGAACUGAAACUACUGCUUCUUUACUUGUUUUAAAAAAACUCGAUAAAGUUUUCUGUGAAAAAGCAAGAGGAGGUCCUCGCGCUCUGAUUGGUGGCUGGACUUCCUCCGCACACUCUGCAGCGGUUUUGAUUGGACGAGCCAUUGUUGAUGCUCAGACUAACCGGAAGUAGCGCUAACCUUGACAAGCUAACACAAACACACGUGCGGCUUGGUUUCAUUUUAAUCUAAAACACUGAGAUGAGGAGAGCGGCCACUUUCCAGUAGCUGUGCCGCUUCCUUCGCUUGUCUUGGUCUCCCGCGAAAGCUAAAUCUUGAAGUUAGCAACACGAAUGGCUAGCACUUAGCAGGUCCGCCUGGGUUUCUCGGCUUCAUGUGAGCGUCACCUGUUCUCCAACGAUGCGGUUUCCCGUCGUCACUGUUAGCAGAAGCUGUAAAGUCGUUCACAGACUGAAGCAAAGCUCGUUUCUAUCGCCUGCUUCCGCUCUGUGGAGACACGGGAGCGUCGCUGGGUCGAGUCAGGAGCGCAAAGAUGUCAGGAGCCAUUACAUCACCACCCCCAUCUUCUACGUGAACGCGUCUCCUCACCUGGGACACCUGCACUCAGCGGUGAUGGCGGACUGUCUGCACAGGUACAAGCUGCUGCAGGGCUUCAACUCAAAGUUUGCAACAGGCACAGAUGAACAUGGUUUGAAAAUCCAACAAGCUGCUGAAGCUGCAGGAAAAGAUCCCCUGACCUUCUGCACCGACGUGUCAGAGAGAUUCAAACAUCUCUUCAGCAGCUGCAACAUUUCGUACACAGACUACAUAAGAACCACAGAGCAGAGACACCGUCAGGCCGUGGAGCAUUUCUGGUCGGUGCUCUGGAACAAAGGGCUCAUCUAUAAAGGACAUUACGAAGGCUGGUACUCCACACAGGAUGAAAGCUUCCUCACGCCGUCGCAGCUGGGCGAUGCCAUGGACUCAUUAGGAAACCAGAUUAAAGUGUCACUGGAGAGUGGACACAAGGUGGAGUGGAUGAAAGAAGAGAACUACAUGUUCCGUCUGUCUGCGUUUCGGUCUCAACUGCUCGACUGGCUCCAAGGAAAUCCCCGGGCUGUGCAGCCUGAAUGUUUCCACCAGCUCGCCCUCCAGUGGCUGCAGCACGACCUUCCUGACCUCUCAGUGUCCCGUCAGAGCAGCCGUCUGCAGUGGGGCAUCUCGGUCCCCGGUGACCCUGAGCAAACCAUCUACGUGUGGCUGGACGCUCUGGUGAACUACCUCACAGUAGCUGGCUAUCCAGAUAAACACCAUCAGUGGUGGAACGUGGUCCACCACAUAGUAGGAAAGGAUAUCUUAAAAUUUCAUGCCGUCUACUGGCCAGCUUUCCUUCUUGGUGCUGGACUGCCGCUGCCACAGACCAUACACGUGCACUCUCACUGGACAGCAGAAGGAAAGAAGAUGUCUAAAAGUUUGGGUAACGUGGUAGAUCCUCUCCAACGCUCACAGAUGUUCACAGCCGAUGGCAUGAGGUACUUUCUCCUGCGUCAGGGUGUCCCAGAGUCAGACUGCGAUUACACCGAUCUCAAAGUAUUCAAGCUGCUCAACGCAGAGCUCGCCGACUCUCUGGGGGGUCUGCUCAACCGCUGCACAGCUCCGGUUCUUAACCCAGCUCAGGUCUACCCUUCGUUCUGUCCUCAGUCCUUCCCAAGAGAACAGGGAGGCAGAGCCGUGGCUGAAGACUACCACAUGUUGGAUGCAGUGAAAAACCUCCCCUCUGUGGUGGAGCAGCACUACGAGAGCAUGCACACGUACAAAGCACUGGAGGCCAUCUCUGCUUGCGUGAGGCAGACCAACGGGUUCGUCCAGCGCCACGCACCGUGGAAGCUGGACAAGAGGGACAGUAAAGAGCAGCGCUGGCGAGACACCAUCAUCCACGUCUCCCUCGAAUGCCUGAGGAUUUAUGGCACCCUCCUGCAGCCUGUCAUGCCAGAGAUUUCUAACAAACUCCUGUCCAGACUCGGUGUGGAACCAGGCGAGAGGAGCUGGGCCGCUCUGAACUUCUUGCCAAGGUUUCAGGGAACAGACUGUCCCUUCGAAGGCAGAGCGCUGGGAUCUGACUCAGGAGUGUUGUUUAGUCGCUUGGAAAAUCCAAAUGUAGAUAAACAUGAACCCAAAAAAGCAAAAAAGGCAGCAAAAUUAAAAUGAGUUUCCCUGUCGACUGAUUCAGUAAAAAAAAAAAAAAACCCUGUUUGUCACUUUAAGCUGUUACUUGCUUUCAUCUGUCAGGUGUUGAUUGUGCUUUAUAAACAUCCUCCUCACUACGUCUGCCAAGGAGGUCGUUUUCAUUCCUGUCCAUUGGUUUGUCUGCAGGAUUACACGGAAACUACAGAACAGAUUAUCACUAAACCUGAUGGAGGGAUGGGACAAGAACCCAUUACAUUUUGGCAGUUGUUCACCUCUACAGUGAUCAGUCUGAGGAAAAAAUACCUGAAGUCUCCAGUUACCUUGUUAAAGAAAAUAGUGUAUAUCGCUGGCUUCACUUUUCAGAAUCACAUCUAUUGAUU